AUGGCUUCUUCUUUUACUCCGUUCAUCUUUCUUCUAGUCAUCUUCCUCUCCUCCCAAGUUUCAACAUCUACUACUCAUGAUUCCAUCUGCAACUCCACCCAAUAUCCAUCCUACUGCAAAUCUGUACUUCCAAAUAACCAAUCAGCUAACAUCUAUGAUUAUGGUCAGUUCUCAGUUCGUCGAUCACUAUCAGAAGCACUGAAAUUCCAAAGUUUGAUCAAUAGGUAUCUCGCGCGAAAAUCGAGUUUAUCUCAAGCUGCCAUUAGUGUUCUUGAGGAUUGUAGUCUUUUAGCUGAGUUAAAUGUCGAUUUCUUGACAAGCUCAACUAAAUCUGUUAAUACUACAACAACUACAAUCUCUACUAGACAAGCUGAAGAUGUACAAGCUUUGCUUAGUGCGGUAAUGACCAAUCAACAAACUUGUUUAGAUGAGCUUGAAGUUACUUCCUCAGCUUGGAAUGUGAAGAAUGGUGUCUAUACCUCUCUCAGCAAUGGAACCAAACUUUAUAGUGUUUCUUUGGCAAUCUUUACUCGUGGUUGGGUUCAUCAGCAUCAAAACAAGAAAACGAAACCGGCCGGGAGAAAGCUUUUGGAGGUGGGUCCACAAGCUCCAUUGCCGUUUAAACUGCCGAGGCCUAACAUAGGUGAAGCUCCUACACCAUCUCCUAUACCAUCUCCUACAUCAUCUCCUACACCAUCUCCUACUCCAUCUCCCACAUCAAGUAUAGAAGAUGAAGUGGUGGUUAGAGAUACGGUGGUUGUUGCUAAAGAUGGAAGUGGGAAUUUUACAACAAUAGCUGAAGCAAUCGCUGCAGCUCCAAAUAAAACAGAUGUGAGUGGUGGUUACUUUCUUGUUUAUGUGGUUGCUGGUGUGUAUGAAGAGUAUGUGUCCAUAGGCAAAAACCAACGAUAUAUAAUGAUGAUCGGAGAUGGUAUCAACCAGACCAUUAUCACUGGGAACCGUAGUGUGGGUGAUAACUAUACUACCUUCAAUUCUGCAACCUUCGCUGUGGUUGGAGAAGGGUUCGUAGGUAUGAAUUUGACUAUCCGAAACACAGCCGGAGCGAUCAAGCACCAAGCAGUGGCACUUCGAAACGGAGCCGAUUUAUCGACUUUCUAUCUUUGUAGCUUCGAGGCUUACCAAGAUACGUUGUACACACAUUCCCUCCGGCAAUUCUACCGUGAAUGUGAUAUAUACGGUACCGUGGAUUUCAUAUUCGGCAAUGCUGCCGUCGUCUUCCAAUACUGCAAUCUAUAUGCAAGAUUACCCAUGAGUGGACAGUUCAAUGCCCUCACAGCCCAAGGUAGAACUGAUCCCAGCCAAACCACUGGUACUUCAAUUCAAGGCUGCAACAUUUUGGCAGCAGCAGAUUUGAGUUCUAGCAACUCUACCACAAAGACAUAUUUGGGAAGACCAUGGAAGGAGUAUUCUAGGACUGUUUAUAUGCAGUCUUACAUAGAUAGUUUGAUAGAUCCUUCUGGUUGGGCAGAGUGGAAUGGUAGUUAUGCUUUGGAUACUCUAUAUUAUGCUGAGUACAACAAUACAGGGCCAGGAUCCGAUACUACCAACAGAGUUACAUGGGCUGGUUACCAUGUGAUCAAUGCCACUGAUGCAGCCAACUUCACUGUCUCUAACUUCAUAGAGGGAGAUUACUGGUUGAACAACACUGGGGUUCCUUACACUGGCGGCUUACUAUAAAUACCCUCAUUGGAAUUCUUUCUUUAUUACUACUAUCCAUUCUUUAGUUUUUAAUUUUUUUUUUUAA